AAGGGAAUAUAGAAUACUUUAUAUUCUAAUGUGUAAUUCUAACUAGUCUGGAAGAGAAUGUGUAUUGGAGUAUAGAGGUAUUGGCCCCACCGGGGGGUAUUUGGAGACACCUCUCAAGGAAGAAAGGAACUGCGGGGAGCCACUAUAAACAUUGAAUGCAGGAAUGUGAGCCGACACCUACAGGCGACACCUGGAACAGAGGUCUGGAGCCAGAUCAGAUGAUCCGCAGAACAACGAUGACGUCGGAUUACGGACCAAUCAGAAGACAGCGAUUCCAUACUGGCCUGUUUGAAACAUUGUAUAAAAUCUGGGGUAGAGUCAGAUAGUUUUUGUUCGACUACUUUAUCUGCUCAGGAUAAGAUAAGGAUAGUUACGAACCCAGAGCUCUGCAAAUGUAUAGACUCCUCUGUCAGGAAUAAAUUGGUUGGUUUUGAUACAUUGUUGUGAACGAAGUUCUUUCACGAAAACGAACACGCUUGGAACCACGGAAGUUAAGGUGAUUUUAAAACACAGGUUCCUUUAAAUGGUGAGCCCGACGUGAUCCUGAAAGGACAUUAGUUAAAAAGACAGAGGAGCGGGCAGGAAUUCAGUUGGACUGCGAAUCUCCCCGGUGCACCGAAAUAAAAAAGGUGAGCGGAAGCCUGUUUGAUUAUAUCACGAAUUCUGCACAUUGGAAAUGGCGAAAUUUGGGAGACUUGUGGUACAGUUGUUUUGUUGUCAAUAGUUAAUAAGACGUGUUGUUAAAAUUGCAUAAUUAAAAGUCAGGGUAACGGAGGACCUGACGUCAGGGUAACAAGGUACCUGACAGACCAGGAUCAGAGAAAAUCCUGGAAGUAGGGUAACAAGGUACCUACUUGUCCCGUCGUAGACUGACUUGAAAUCGGACGCGGUUUCAAAUUGUAACGUUUCGGUAGACGUUGGGGAUUUUGGGACCCCCAAAAACCGAUUUAGAACAAGAUGAGUGUGCCACCAAAACUCGGGGUUGUGAAUUGGACAGUCGAGUGUCGAGGUAAUGAAUGUUAUAUGUGUUGGAUUUGUGGAUUGAAAGAGAAAGGCAGAAAAAGAAACAAACAGGAUUAAGAAGUGUGUGGGCAAAGUGGAAAAAAAGGAAUGUAAAUUGUUUCACGUAACAGAGAGGUUAUUCUGAAAGGGAAACAAAGAGGAAGGAAAAGUUGGAUGCUGCAGGGUGGAGAGAGAAAAGAGACUUGAAUAAGAAAAUAGAAGAGAAUGAAAAAUUGAGUAGAAAAAUGUAUGAGAUUUGUCUGGUGUGCCCUGCCAUGGCAGCUGUUCAGCGAAAAAAAAAAAAAAAAAAGAGCGACAAAUUCCCCCGCUAAAUACAAUUUACGGACCUUUCCGAAAACGGCCCCAGUGACGUCACUAUAACCGGCAUCGCCGGUCAAGGGGCGGCUCAAAUGGCAGACCAUUUGUAGAGGGGAAAUAAAACUCCUAUCAAUUCCGCACGAGCCCGCAUUCAAAAAGGUGGGUAAAUGUACAAAAAUUGUCUUUAAAGAUUUUUGAGUUUUUACAGAAACGGCUGCCCGGACUGGCUGCUGUUGGUGUAAUUUGGAUCCAGGGGCUGAAAAAGUUGACGGACAACAUGAGCCUGGCGUGUGGUGACAUAGUGAGAUUGAUACGCGCCUGUUGCAUUUCGGUUCACUAAUCGGAUGAUAUUUUGACACGGUCGGGUCUGAAUAAUGUCGAACCUGAAAUUUUAUUUGCCCCUUUUGCUCCUAUAGUAUUUGCUGUGUGACAUGUUCCCGUCCUCUUCCCCAACGGUGCCGAAGCUUCCGGACUUCAAACCUCUCAUGGAUCCCAGUUCUCACUUCGAACAUUGCAUAAGUAUUUGGACAGAUACGAGAGGAUCACAUCCCUCCCGUUUAAGAGAGGCAAAUGUUAUUUAUAGAAUAGCUUUACUUGAGACCUUGCCGGUUGAAGUUAGGACUGAACUUAUUUAAGACCCUGACCUCAUGAAAGGGGGAGAUAGCUUUUUUAAUUGUCAUGUGUCACACCAUUUGAAACUUUUUGUCGACAGAAAACACAAAUCAUCAGAUGAGGUAAAGGACAUGCAGGAACAACUUUUGAAGCUACAAUUGGCCCAGGCCCGUAAAGUGGCCAUUAAAAAUAAAUAAAUAAAUAAAUAAAAAUGGAAGCAGAAAAACAGAUGUGGAUGGCGCAGGGGUCAACGAGGAGACGAGGCGGGAGUCGUGACAGAGGACACCAACGGAGGCAGAGGAAGCCCUUGCCGACCUCCAACGGACCAAGCGUGCUUCAAUUGUGUGGAACCCGGAGAGGCCACACCUCAAAGAGGAGGCUACAAAGCUUCAUGAGGGAGAGGUGGGCGCGUCCCGGCAACAGCAUCCGCAGCAGGCUCCACAGCAACAAGAGCCAUCUCGCCAGUACUACUGCAAUGAGGACUGGUCCGAAUGCCCAAUGAGCCCGGAGCCAGGGGACGGAGGAAAGACAGAGCCUCUGAACCCCGCUAAGGGAAGACAACCACCUGAAUGAGCUGUGCAGGGGUGCCCAUGAGUCUGCCGAUUACAACACCAUUAAAGACUGAAAUUGCUGGACAGACACAUGAACAUCAGUUUGUCUUCAUGAAAAGAGGGGCUCCAGUGAACCUGAUGGGCAGAGAUCUGCUUAUCAAGACCAAGGCUACCAUCCUUUGUAGCCCAGAUGGACUGACGAUACGGGUCCCCGAUGGGACCAUGAUGAACUGUGGAAGAAGUUAUCCUCCGGAUGGAACAUGAUACAACAUGAACUUCCGGAAGCAAAUGCUGACAUAUAUUGGGCCCGACUAAAACCUGAAACAAAGGAGGGAGGCGGCGUUUACUCGGCCUUCCUGCGGUGGAAGGCCUGGAUCGACUCUCUUGCCCCAUAUCGUCCUCCAAUUGAUCCUCUCCAUCUCACACUGUUGUAUGAUAAAAAUGAUGAUUUGGUUUACAGAGAAGCGUUUGAGCCAAUACAGGGGGAAAAUGGGAUGCUCAAUAAGUAAAAGUAUUUACAUAAGGAAGCAAGGUGUGGCAGCGGCCUCCACCUUGACGCCAGAGCAGAGUGAGUGGUUUAUGAUGAGUUUGACAUCUUUUCCACACUUUUUCACUUUCACUAGGUCAUAAAGCUUGAGAACUGGGACCCAUGGUGAGAAAAUGCCAAUUGGCAAAUGAUUGGCAACAAGAUCAAAUACCCAAUGUGUUGUACUCUCCCAGUACUGAAUGUUUUUGUAUUUAAGGUACCAUGGUGGACGGAGGGGUGUUGGAGCAUGUGACUUUAGCGCGAUUCCAUGGCAGAGAACUCUCGGGCCAUGAGGACGCCGCACAGCUGUUGAGCUCGCUGCCGGACUCAUUGUGGUCCGAGGGUCCUGCAGACGGGGGUCUAUGUACAUCCGUGACUCCGGUAACAUUCGAGGUAAACCCGACUGCUUUUGUUAACGUGCCGUAGUAUACUUGUAAACAAGAGGCCAUAGAAGAUAUCGCGGAAACCCAAAUUCUGAAAUCCCAAUGCUUUGGUCCAUAAAUGAUGUUAUGAAACCCUCCGCUCAAGCUGCAGAACUGCUGGCCAGGUGCGGGGCACUAGAGUUAUCUGAAGGUCAGAGUGUUACUAUUUAUUAAUGGUGCUGAAAAAAGUAGCAGGCUAAUAAAUGGAUGCUGAAGGAAAAUAUGUUGUUAAACGAGAUCAGUUAAUUGACUUUCUCCCUGCAGUAACAGUUGAUGUGGUGCGCAACCUCCAGGAGGCGGCGCCGAAGGAAGACAAGUGUAAGUGGCAAGAGACAGGUGCUGAGUAUGAUGACAAGGAGAACCUAGGAGACUGAUGUUACCUACAGGAAAGUUAUGUGUCAAUGCUGAAGAAGCUGCGCUUUUGGUGGCACCCUUAUCUUCUGUGUAAGGUAAAAGAUUUUUGUGUUUUUUGUGAUAUAUGUCAAGAUAUCAGUGUUUGCCCUACAACGAAGAGGGAAUUGCAACACACUGAGAUGGGCCGAGGCCUGAAUUUAUGUGGUGGUAAUGGACUGAACCGGCAAUGGUAGUCCCAGUCCAAAGCGUAAGGUACUUAUUAAUAAUUGUCGGCACUUUUUCUGGAUGGCCCAAAGGCUAUCCUUGUGCAAAAGAAAACGUGCCGUCUGUCGACAAAGCGCUGGUUAACCAUUAUAUUCCGACGUAUGAGCUUCCACGAGUAAUCAGAUCGGACAAGUGAUUCUACUUGUCCCAAACAUGUCCUGCGCAGGCCUCUAUUGUGAAAAAAAAACGUGGACUAAGUGUGAAUGGUAUAAAUAUUCGGUGCGAUACGUUUUAUAAAUUGUGUACACAAUAUAAAGCAAACCUUAGAACUUUGAUGAAUAAAAUUAUAUGACUAUAUAUGUAAAAAGGUAUAAAGCGCUUCAAAGGGUACCCAUUAUAUUUAUUAACUAAAUAAAUAAGGCAUACAUAUUGUAUGUAUAAAUAGGUAUGCAUAUGAUAUUCUGGAAGAUAAAUUAAAUAAUAGAUAAAUUAAGACGUGUGCCGGACGGAUGUGAUCAAGCAAGAGUGGUAUCGUGACUUUCUAUUUCCGGGUCAGCAGAGCGGACCAGAGCGGCUCUGCGUGCCUGGGAUAAAAGCCUGACAACAGUACGGGAGGUUUGUGGUCUAAGAAAACGCUUCGGAGUUUGAAUAAAUGACGUGCAAGUUGCUAUCUGAGCUGGUGAAUGGGAUUUGAUAUAUAUUGCUUAGAGAGGGGGCGGCACGGUGGACGACUGGUUGGAGCGUCGGCCUCACAGUUCUGAGGACCCGGGUUCGGUCCCCGGCCCCGCCUGUGUGAAGUUUGCGUGUUCUCCCCGUGCCUGCGUGGGUUUUCUCCAGGCACUCCGGUUUCCUCCCACAUCCCAAUAACAUGCAUGGUAGGUUAAUUGGAGACUCUAAAUUACCCGUAAGUGUGAAUGUGAGUGCGAAGGGUUGUUUGUUUGGAUGUGCCCUGCGAUUGGCUGGCAACCAGUCCAGGGUGUACCCCGCCUCCUGCCCGAUGAUAGCUGGGAUAGGCCCCAGCACGCCCGCGACCCUAGUGAGGAGAAGCGGCUCAGAAAAUGGAUGAGUGCUUAAAAGAGCACUUGAAGUGAAGGUGCACCAAAUGGUUUAUGAAAGGUCACAGGGGUCCUCAGCUGGGGGGGGGGCAGCUUUACGACGGGCGUGUGUGAGUUUUCUGAGUUUAUGGUAUUGCAAGGGCCAGGGAGAUUUACAAUAGGAUCGUUUAAUUAAUGCAUUGUAUAGAAGCCUGGUCUGUAGAGGUUUAGGUGUUAUGGUUCAACCAAUAAGUGUGCUGUGUUCAGUUUUGUCUGUGUGGUGUAUGUGAGAGGACAUUCACUCCUGGGUCCAGGUUAAUGUUAUUGUCUGUGAAGUCUCGAUUGUCAUGUCAUGUUAAUUGUUUAUGUUUUGUGUUUAAUGUUUGUGUCGUCUUAAUUAAAAGCAGAAAUGGAGCACUACUGAGCUGGCUGACAGGAGUAGUGAACGAUGUGAUCACGUGAAAGAGACUAUAGACCUUUAGUUACCAAUGAAUAACGGUCUACAGACUGUUGAAAGACUGAUUUGUUGAAAUAACAUUAUUUUACAGGACGCCCAGGAGGAUGGAGCUUGAUAGUUUUAUUGUUGUAUUGCAGGAUGUUGGUGUGCUGACUUAACGCUGAUUUUAUGUGAUUCUUGGUUUAUUGACAUUAACACUUUUGUGAGACAAAUUAACAAUUGGUUGGGGAAUAAUAUCAAUGUUGGGUGACAAUUGCCAACUUGUCCCUUCUCUGGAGUAUGUAUACAGGAAUUAUGUAGUCCAUCGCUUUGGCACGGGUAUCUUUUGCAGAGUUGUGAUUAAUUUAUAUAAGGGUUUGUUUGCAGGUCUGGUCAGGGGCCUCUCCGACGAAGGAGACGACCUGCUUGUUUGUGUAUGGUGUUGUGUGUGGGUACUGUGUUUUGGUGUUAAAUUAGUCAUUUAACAAAGGGGGAAAUAUGUACAUCCUGUAUGUCUGGUCAAAGAAGGUUAUAAUCAUGACUCUGGUGAUCUCCCUGAUUACAGUUACAGGAAUCUAUGUUGGAAUGCCUUCAAUACAAGGAGAAAGAGUAACAAAGAGGGCCAUGAAGCCAGCAGGGGCCCUAGAAUUGAACUACACAUUGGGGGAAAAGACGGUAUACCAAUUUGAAUUGUGUAAGGUGAUAAAUUGUGCACGCUGGGGCGACCCGACGGGAUAUAAUAUUUACUUGUGCGCUUUGAGUACAGAAUAUAGGGGAGCUGGCCGGUAUCCGGUGAACCAUAGGGUCAAAGCGAACGAGCAGGUGAAUUUGUGUUACAGUUGGAAGCAAGUGAUUAUCCACUCGAAACCGGGAUACUGGGAGCCGACGAGGAUUAGAAAUUGGCGGUGGAAGGACAAGAUCAAAUUGGAAAGACUGAUGACUAAUGACAACCUGGAGGGUGAGUGCCAGCACUGGGAUCAAGUUUAUCCUCUGACUAAGGUGAAAGGCGCUCCCCUGUACGAUGUCGAUAUGGUUCCAUCCCUUCCCUGUAUCACACAAAAUAAGAGUAAGGUAACUUUGGGCCCAAAUAACAAACGUUCCCGAUCAAUGGGCCACCUAGAUCCACAGUUUUGUAAUUUCACGCUGUUUAUUGAUUAUUAUGAUGCGGCCCGAUUAAGUAAGAUGAGGUCUGAUUUGUGGUGGAUGUGUGGGGAUGGUCUUUUGUGGGACUUCCUGCCCGGGGAAUGGACAGGCACUUGUGCAUUGGUCUCUAUGAUAGCUCCCACAGUGAUUAAGCCCCUCUCUGAGCAGGAAAUCACUCAAAUGGCGGAUUUCACAUGGGAGCGAGACUGGUGGGGUAGCUUGAACCGUUUCCGCCGUAUGGUCAGUGGCUUCAACGUGGGCGGAAAUGCUUGGGAAGAAGGUGAAGACCCCACCUACCUGGAUGCCAUUGGGAUCCCCAGAGGUGUCCCGGAUGAGUAUAAAGCUCGCUGUCAAAUUUCCGCAGGUCUUGAGAGUAUUUUUAUAUGGGUAACUCCGAAUAAAAAUGUUGAUUUCAUAAAUUACCAUCAUUACCAAAUUCAAAGAUUGGUGAAUUUCACCUCCCAACUAGCGGAGGACAUCCAUGAGCAACUAUCAGCUACAUCUCUCAUGGCAUUCCAAAAUAGGUUGGUCCUGGAUAGUAUGCUAGCGGAAGAAGGGGGUGCCUGCUCUCGAAUUAAAGGACAUUGUUGUACAAUUAUCCCCAAUAAUACGGCGCCAAACGGAAAGAUCACCAGAGCCAUGAAAGGUUUGCGAGCCAUGUCUGUUAAACUUAAAUCAAUGUCUGGAGUGGAGGACAACCCAUUCUAUAGCCUGCUUAAUAGGAUGUUUGGUAAAUGGAGGGGUUUCAUACUGACUUUGGCGACUACCAGCAUAAUUGUCAUGGCCGUGCUUGCUAUUUGUGGAUGUUGUAUUAUCCCUUGUCUCAGGAACCUGGUUCUCAGAAUUGUCCUCAAGGCCUUUGUGGGUAAGGACCCCUACGGCCAAUAUCAGCUGCUGUCCCUGGACGAGGACAGGGUGGCCAUGGAAUCGCUCGCUCCAUUGAACGAUACCGGUGUAUCCUCUCUUUAAAGUUUUAAAAUUUUAAAAGUUUUGUUUUGCUGUGCUUAGAUUAGGUUUAUUGAGUAUUGUAGUGAAAACGGUAGUAGGUAUACGGGUUGUUGAUCUUCUGAUUAUCAGAAGAUCAACUUGGGGGAUUGAAGGGAAUAUAGAAUACUUUAUAUUCUAAUGUGUAAUUCUAACUAGUCUGGAAGAGAAUGUGUAUUGGAGUAUAGAGGUAUUGGCCCCACCGGGGGGUAUUUGGAGACACCUCUCAAGGAAGAAAGGAACUGCGGGGAGCCACUAUAAACAUUGAAUGCAGGAAUGUGAGCCGACACCUACAGGCGACACCUGGAACAGAGGUCUGGAGCCAGAUCAGAUGAUCCGCAGAACAACGAUGACGUCGGAUUACGGACCAAUCAGAAGACAGCGAUUCCAUACUGGCCUGUUUGAAACAUUGUAUAAAAUCUGGGGUAGAGUCAGAUAGUUUUUGUUCGACUACUUUAUCUGCUCAGGAUAAGAUAAGGAUAGUUACGAACCCAGAGCUCUGCAAAUGUAUAGACUCCUCUGUCAGGAAUAAAUUGGUUGGUUUUGAUA